UGGGGGUUGCAGUGGAGCUGGUAAAAAGUUUGUGGGAACUUGGACUGGUAAUUUGAAGAUACUGCAUUGAUUUAUGUUUUUCCUUUUCCCCUCUUUUAGGGUUUUUAUUCUGCCACUAAUAAGGAUUCAUCUCCCCUCUCCCUUUCCGCUUUUUAAUGUUUGAUUCAGGUGUAUGAAUAGUUACUGGCAGAGUGCGUAAUUUUUAAAGAAUUAAAUAUAACCCAGAUGUGCUUAAAUGCCCCCACCCCCGGUGUGUGUGGGGGGACUUACUGGUGGCUUAAACUUUAAGAUUUUGUAGAGUUUACAUAAUCGUGUAAUCGGGAUUGCAACACUUGAAAACUUAGUACUUGACGUAGUUUCAUCUAAUCUUUCUAGAAGAGCAUGUAAAUCAACUUGACUCUUUUUCAGUCCUUGAUUUCUGGACCAGUAUUUAAUUGUCAAAAAGGGACAUGCGCAUUUAACACCAGUUCCUUGAUGCUAGUUAUUUUAGGUUGAUUGCAGCCCCCUUAAAACACUCUUUAAUGUUCAGAUUUAAGUAUAUGUAAGCACUUAGAACAGUGUCUGGCACCUAACAAACACUAGAUGAGUACUAACUGCCACUUUUAUGUGAUGGUUAUUUUACAAAAUGUCACACCAGAGGAAGGCCAAAAUUUAUGUUUCCUUUUUUUUGUUUCCCUUAUUGAAAUAUUUUUUUUUUAAAUGUCUGCUAACCCCUAUAUGGCCAUUGUUUCAUUCCUGAUGUCUGCCUCAAUUAUUUUGAACAAGCCAGAUUUUUAUUCAAUAGUUUUGCAAAACUAAAAAAGUAAUCUGGGAAAUGAAAUCACUGCUUUGUGUUUGAGGUGGGACAGAGAGGCAGACUUAUCAGAAGACACAGGUAUAGUACUUAUAGCCAAUAGCUUUUCCAAAUUUACAAGAAGCUUUACAGAUCUUUUGCAUUAGGAGGAUAACCUCAAUCAGGGGAAGAUAGGCAAAAUGCUGAUGUGAGUGUAUUCCAUUCACCUUCUCGCUCCCUGGCAAAUAAGAGAAUCACUUGAAUACACUCUCCUCUUUUUCUAAAGCAGGGGCAGGGGCAGGCGAUGCUAUAGCAGGGUGAUUGAAAGUGUGGACUUUGGUGUCAGGUGGACCUGGACUUAAGUCACCAUCCUUCCAGCUACUUUCUAUGUUUUUGGAAAAAUUAGAAGGUAGGGAAUGUUGGUGGCAAGAUAAAUAUGGGGUCUGGUUCUUGGCAAGUGUCUUGGCUGUCAUUCCACUGAAUGCUGGAGGAAAAGCAGUCAGCAGCUGCUUAAAAUUUUCUUCUCAUUCUAUUACCUACCUCUCCUCUUCCUGAUGUUGGAUGGUACAUCCUUAUGACAGUCUUCUCUUAAAAGUUUCACAUUUCUUCCACUUAAUGGAACCUGCACAUCUGCAUAAACAUGACUGUAGCUGUGUCAGCUUGUUAUGAUGCCGUCUCGUACCAACCUGGCUACUGGAAUCCCCAGUAGUAAAGUGAAAUAUUCGAGGCUCUCCAGCACAGACGAUGGCUACAUUGAUCUUCAGUUUAAGAAAAGCCCUCCUAAGAUUCCUUAUAAGGCCAUUGCACUUGCCGUCGUGCUGUUUUUGAUUGGCGCCUUUCUCAUUAUCAUAGGCUCCCUCCUGCUGGCUGGCUACAUCAGCAAAGGGGGGGCAGACCGGGCCAUUCCCGUCCUGAUCAUUGGCAUCCUGGUGUUCCUGCCGGGUUUUUACCACCUGCGCAUCGCCUACUAUGCAUCCAAAGGCUACCGGGGUUACUCCUACGAUGACAUUCCAGACUUUGAUGACUAGCACCCAUCUCGGCCCAGAGAAGAGUCACGGAUGGGACUGAGCCCAGCUUUAAGACAAUGGGCAAAAACUGGCUGUGGGCUAAGAAAUUCUGUAGUGUGCAGCUGUUUAACAAAAUUCUGGCCAGAUUUUAUGGGUCCAUCCCAAAGAUGUUAACUGAGCUUACAAUUAGCUAACUAGGGCAUGCUUUAUUUUCCAUCUCCUGGCACUGGCAAAAGCUCCUGAUGAGUUUUUCCACUUGAAUUUAUCAUGGAAGAAUAACAUUGUUAAUUGUAUAGGGAAGCAGGAAGUUAUUCUGUAGUGGAAAGUGUUACCACCACCACCCUUUUUAGAGUUGAGUGUUUCUUUUAAAUAGUCCUCAUUCUCAAAUUGUUCUUGUGACAAAUGGAAAAAUGCGGUAUUUAUAAUUUCUUAUUUCUAAGUAAUUUAUUUUGAAAAUUUCUAAGUAUCUUAUCUCCUACACUUAUCUCUAACUUUGUAUUCCAGGAUUGACCUUGGUAAAAUCAGAUAUUAAUGUGGGUGCAUCUGUAGUAUAUUUACUUAAUUUCUUAUUGACAGCAACCAGGAAAUUUUAAAACCUCAGAGCAGGUUUUCAAAAUGUAAACACUUUUCCACCAGUCCUUGUCCAGUUUUGAUGUGGUUUGCCGAAAGGAUGGCCAGCAUAUGGUUUGGGUCAUUCUGUCCUUUUAUAAAUCAAGAUAUUUAUAUCAUGCCUUUAAGGACUGGAAUUUUGGUUGUUUCCUAAUGAAAAAUGUAGAAAAGUGGUUACUUCAAGUUUUACAACCCCCUUGUUAGCCCCUUGUAAUAUUAUGGCCUUCUGCUGAAGAUGGAAAGACUGGGUCUAGAUCACUAGAGGACUAAACUGGCUUAGUGUGAUUCUGUUUUCUAGCUUGCAAAAAGUGACUUGUAUUCAAAAGGAAUUAAAAUGGCAAAUCCAAACCAUGGGCUUAAAAUGAGUUAACUUUAAAUAUAUUUCAGAAACGUUUUAAUGAUUUUAUGAUAUUUUUUAUUUCAAUAUCAAGACUACCUUUGUUUUUAGGUAGCUGACAUUGUUGGUCAGACUCUACUGACCAAAAGUCAUUCUCUUACUCCAAGUUUUGGGCCUGAUGGACUAGAAGUAUCAUCAACUGAUACUUGGAAGGCUGUGGAUAGAACAAGUUUUUCAAAGAAAAAGAGGUCAGUUUUGGAUGUGUUAAAUUUAACAUGUCUAUUCAACAUCCAGUUGGAGCUGUUGAGUAGACAGUUGUGAUGUCUGUGGCCGUAAUUCAGGGUGGGGAGGUCUGGGCUAGAAAUUAUCAGCAUUGACAAAUCGAAAAGCCAUGGGAGUAGAUAUCAUCACCAUGGGAGGACUCAGGAAAUGAGGGACAAGGAGAGUGUGACCUGAGGCCAACUCUAAGGUUAGGCACAUUUGGUAAUUAAUGGGAGGGUAGGCUAAGGAUUCUAGUCCCCUACUUAAAGUUCUUGGGCCUUGACAAUGAAGAUGCGAGGAAAUGUAUAAAACUUUAUCCUGGGCAUUGUUUGCAAGACAAAACUCAGGCUGGAAGGUUUGGGCCAAACUUUUUAUAAAAGUAAUGAUGCUGCUGGUAAGAAAAAAAAAUCAAAAUAGAACAGUAGCUAUAAAGUGAAAAGUAAAGAUCUGCUCACCUGGCCUCAUUUGCCAAGGUUGUUCAGCUUAGAAAUAUUGUAAGCACAUAAACAAAUAGAUGUUUGUUUUUUAAUUAAACCUGGAUCCCACCGUAUGGUCCUAUAA